AAAAAUAUACUAGUUGAAAACGAUGUAAAGCUGGACAAGGAUGGUCUGACUGACCUCUACAUCCAACAUGCCAUCCCCCUGCCCCAGAGGGACUUGCCAAAGAGCAGGUGGGGGAAGAUGAUGGAAAAGAAGAGACAGCAAAAUGAGUUGAAAAGUGAGAAUAAAAGUGUUACGACGGUGGAAGGCUUGAGGAAAAGGCCUUUGAUUGUGUUUGAUGGCAACUCAACAAGUACAAGCAUCAAGGUGAAGAAGACAGAGAACGGGGCUGCUGAGCGCCUGAAGCCUCCUCCAGCUGGCAGCACCACCAACACUGUGAGGAGGUUAUCAGCUCCUUCACAUGCCUCCACCUACAUCUCAGCCUCCAGUUUCUCAGAGGACGCUAAGCUGGGAGUGAGGAAUAAGGAGGCUAAGCAGAACAAUGUUGCAAAGACUAACAGCAGUGUGUUGGCUGGGCUGAAGGCCUACCCCGUGUCUCCAGUAGCAGGAACUACUGCUGUGAAGUUAAAGAGAGCUGGUCCAAAAGAAGAGUCUGAUUUGCCGAAUGACCUAAAGCCUACGGAAGCAAAGAAGAAAAUCCAGCAUGUUACAUGGCCAUGAAGUAGCUAAUGGUGCUUGAAACAGAAAUGUUGCUUCCAUAUUUUCAAACAGAUAAGUCAUAUUUAAACGGUUUAAGUACAAUUCUUUUUAAACCUUACAGGGAUUCAAGUUGCUGUGAAGUUUUAACAAGUUUAAAGGUUCCCUGUUGUAAAUCUGGAGUCAUAAUCACCAGUCACCUUAAGAGUGUCUUGUACACCAGGUAGUUCAUUCCUUCUUUGAAAGGUGGCAAUAUUACAACAUACUAACACCCCCUUCCCUUUUAGAUUUCAGGAUUAUUAUAGUUCAUCUCCUGCAUGUCACUACAAUUCACACACAU